UGGACCCUGAGGGCGUGGCGUGUGUUCAACCAACCAGAGUGGACCUGUGCCGUCACUGUGACAUCACUGUGACAUCAUCAUGUUCCCCUCCGUGACCCGUAUCCUCCCCUCUAGGGUGUCAUCGCCACUCCUCCUGGCCGCCAUGAUGACGCUGGCGGCCGCCGGCCCCGUCUCGGGAUCGGACGCGGAGACGUGUUUCUCCCGACAGCAUCAGAACGCCAUAGUGAAUGUCCGCCAGGCGCUGGUCCGACCGACCACCGUCAUGGACUCCAGAGUCACCCAAUCAGAGAGAGACUGUGUUCUGGCCUGCUGCUCAGAGGACGUCAAGCCAGGGAUAAAGUGUACCCUGGCUGUGUUCAACCCUCACAAGCCCUCUGAGCCUCCCAACAACCACAACUGUCAUCUAUUCCACUGCCAGAGCGAGCAGGACUGUCCCCUCCUGAAUGCUGAGCAGGGCAUCAACACAUACGACAUCUUCAAAAGGUGAA